AUGCCAACACAGUCACUUGAUCAAGAAUCGAUACACAGUGAUACAUUACAACUAAGUAUUUGGCCGAAUGAUCCAAAUCGAAGUUUGUCGUCAAAUAGUAAUCAAUUCGAAUCAUCCCUAUUUACCAAGUCGCAAGCUUGGGAUAAACCAGAAAAUGCAAAUAAUGGUAACAGAUUUUUCAAAUUCAAACGAGCUGGUGGCUAUGGAGAGCUCUGCUGCUGUUCAAAUUAUAAUGGUUGUAUUGUUGGAUUAGUUAUUGGGUUAUUACUGGGUGGAGUUUGUUUAGCUACUAUUCUAGCCAUGUGGCUAACAACAAGUAGUACAACAACAACAACCAGCACUACAAUAACAACGACAACGAUCACUACAACAACAACGACAACGGUCACUACAACAACAACAACAACAACGAUCACUACAACAACAACAACCAGCACUACAACAACCAGCACAACAACUACAACGACGACCACCAGCACUACAACAACAACGGAAACGAGCACCACAACAACAACAACUACAGCCAGCACUACUACAACGGACACAUCUACAACUACAACAGUUAACCCAACGACUUGCACAAUCGGAGCUUGCUCACUGACUGAGACAGUUCUUGAUUUUGACGCUGGUGGUGUAUUACCAGUUGGCUAUGGAAAUUUUACAUGGACUGGUGCUAAUAUAUUGGAUGGUGCUACCUAUAAUCCGAUGAGCGGUUAUCAUGUAGUUGUUUGUGGUGGCCCAUAUGUUAUCUUUACAUCGGGUACCAUUACAAUGAAAAGGAUUCCAACGGGCACAACAUUCGGUUUGAACUCAUUCUUAGCCACAGCUGCCUGUAUAAUUUGUGUCGAUGGUAAAAAACAAGAAAUAGUUUCAUGUGAUAAAUGUAAACAAUUGAUGGCUUAUCGAGCAAGAGAUGGUACUAAUUCGUUAGCAAGGCACACACGUUCAUGCAAAAAUGAAUCGUCUAUUCCCAGCAGCAAUUCCUCCAACCAAAACCAGGUUACUGAUUAUUUUUCUUCAUCCAAAACAUCGAUUAUACCAAAGAAAAUAAAAGAUAGAGUGAAGAUUGGAUGUGUUGAAUUUAUUGCAUUAGAUUCCCGACCAUUCGAAACCGUUUCUGGAGAAGGCUUUAUGAAAUUGGCUCAAUCUUUGUUUGAUGCGGGCAAAUAUUUUAGUCCAACAUCAACUGUUAAUUUAAAGGAUUUAAUACCGUCACCAGUUACGGUUAGUCGCAAUGUUGAGGAUCUCUACAAAAAGAAACAAUCAGAAUUAGCAAAAUUAUGUAUCAAUAUAAAGUAUUAUUGCAUAAUUUGUGAUUUCUGGACGGAGCGUUAUACAGGAUUAUCAUAUUGUGGUUUAGCAUUACGCUAUAUAACGAUUGACUAUCGAAUCAAUAACUUUAUUCUUGGUUGUUUCUUGUACGAUAUUCAAACACAAUCAGCUAGCAAUGUUCGUACAUUUGUGGAGAAUAAAUUAGUUUCAUUUGGAUUAGUUUUGAACAGUAAUGUGUUCGUCGUAACUGACAAUGAGAAUAAGAUGCGUGCAGCAUUUAAAGACAAAUGCAUACGCAUUGGUUGUUCAAUCCAUUACCUUAAUAAGCAAUUGGAACAUUCUUUUACUUCAGAAGAGAUCGAAAAACAAACUGUUAAAUGCGACAAGGUUCAACAUCUAUUCGAAAAUGUUAAAAAAGUUGCUACGCAUGUCCGAAGAACUCAUCGACAAGUAAAGUUAAGUCGAAAAGUACAACUGUAUUCAGAUACUCGUUUCAAUGGUGCAUUUCAUAUGUUAAACGUGUUUCUCAAGGUAUUCGAUGAUAUUGGUGUAGUGUUGAAUAACAAUUAUUUGAGUUAUUUCACUGUUAUUGACAAAGAAUUAUUAGAAGAAGUAUGUAAAUUUUUGGAGCUGUUUGAAGAAGUGAUUAAUAAGUUAAGUCAAGAAGAACGUCCCACAAUAUAUAUGGUCAUUCCGCUUCGGCAACUAUUGAUAAAUCAUUGUGAACCACAAUUUGAAGACACUGCUGAAUUAAAAGAGUUAAAAGUAUUUCUAGGAAAUCGAAUUAAGUCGGCGUGGAUUCCUCAAGAACAACAUUAUAUUUGUACAUUACUUCAUCCUUCAUUAAAACAUUUUCAUGCAGCUCCAAAUGAAAAAAACAAAGCACUAAAAAUCAUUAGAAAAGAAUUGUUAUCACGAACAUCUAAUGUUAUUUCAGCUACUGGUAAAUCUCCAACAGCAGUCUCUCGUGAUGUAACGAAUACAGUCGAUAAUGUUGAAAAUAGCGUCAACAAUUUAUUAACUCGUUGUUUUGACAAAGUAACACCAGAAAUUCGUCCGGUCCAAUCACCACUCAAGGAGCUAGACGAGUACAUGAUUUCUACAAAAACAAUUUCUGAAACGGAUGACAUUUUGUUAUUUUGGAAAAAUCAAGAAGAACAAUAUCCGACAUUAUCAACUAUUGUACGUGAACUUUUUUCAAUACCAGCCUCCAACACAAUAGUAGAAAGGUUAUUUUCUGCAUCCAAAAUUAUCGUUAAUGAUAAAAGAACCAAUUUAUCACACGAAAAACUCAAUCAACUGUUGUUUCUAAAGAAAAAUUCAACCCGAUUAAAAGAGAUACACAAUGAAAAUUUAAGCAAUAGCCAAACGCAAUCAAGAAAAAAAACAUUAAUAUCCGGUGAAGAUGUUCAAACAGUAUGUGCUAAUGAUCAAAUGAACAAUUCUAUUUUGUCCUUAAAUGAAAAUGAUCAAAGUAAUAAUGACGACGACGAUGAUCCAACUCAAGAUUUCCAGGACGACAACAAAAAUAGUAUCGACAUUGAUAAUAUAUUUGUAAAUUUAUAG